AACAAAAGCUACAUUGGCUGACCACUGGAAAAUGAUAUGGCAGGAACAUGUUUAUCAAAUUGUUAUGUUGACAAAUUUGGUGGAAGGUAUUAAGAUUAAAUGUGAACAAUACUGGCCUAGUGGUGAUAAACAAAUGGUCCAUGGAGAUCUGAUCAUCCGUCUUAAUGCUGAAAAAGAAAGAACAGCUUAUGUCACAAGGGAGAUAACAAUUGAAGACAAAAAGACUAGCAAAAAGCGUAAAGUGACUCAGUAUCAUUUCACAGCUUGGCCAGAUCAUGGGACACCAGAUCCUCUGUACCUUGUAUUGUUUCAUAGACAUGUCAUAUCUGAUUCCAAAGCUGGACAUUCAGGACCUUUGCUGGUUCAUUGCAGCGCUGGUAUUGGGAGAACAGGAACAUAUAUUGCCCUUGAUGCUUUGUUGGAAGAAGGACGUACUACAGGAUUUCUUGAUAUUUUUGAAUAUCUAAAGAAAAUGAGAUACAGCCGGAUGAAUAUGAUUCAAACUGCGGACCAGUACGUAUGUUUGCACUAUACCCUUCUUGAAGCUUUCACUAUGAAAGAUACAAAGAUUCGUAAAGACAAGUUUAGUGAAGUCUGGACGAGUAUAUCGACAGAUAAGACACCGGUCAAUCAUCAAAGACUAGACAAAGAAUUCAAGAUGCUAAAUGCUAAAAAGGAUGAGCAAAACCAAACUCAACAUAAUGCUGCAAUGAGUACAACAAACUUAGCGAAAAACAGAAACAAAGAUGUUAUACCAAUUGAUGAUAAACGAGUUUAUCUUGUAUCCUAUGGGAAAGGAAGAUCGGAUUAUAUCAAUGCAGUACAAGUACCUUCUUACACCAAGUUUGUUGGCUACAUUACCACACAGCUACCAUUACCAGACACUAAGGUAGACUUCUGGACAAUGAUACGGGAUCACAGCUCUUCGACCAUUGUACUGAUUAUUAACAACAAAAAAGAGGCUGACCUAGUGUACUCUCAGUCGGAUGAUAAUGUAACCAUUGGUGAAUUCAAUAUAAAGAUAUCGGCACGAAGAGUAGAAGAAAAUGACAUAACAGAGGCAACCAUUGUUCUCUCUAAAAAGGAUGACAAACCGAGAUCAAUAGUAUUGUUCCAAGUCAUAUGUAAAAGUAUACCUGACCCUGCUGUACUCUGUAAACUUGCUGACCUUAUUUCAACAAGUGCAACUAUGUCAAAUGAUCCGAUAACAGUUGUAAGCAGUGACGGUGCCAAGAAUUGUGGUCUGUUUUGUGCUUUCACCAAUGCCGUGUCCAGCAUGCAGAUCGAUAAUAACGCAGAUAUCUUCCAACUUGUGAGACUUCUACAAUUAAGGCGUCCGGAGUUCUUCACCGACUUUGAAGAAUAUAAAAGGUGUUAUGCAGCUUUGCAUGUUCAUCUGGAGUCUGCAAAUGUUUAUGCAAAUUUUUAAUUGUGCACAAAUGAAAGAACUGACUGAAAAGGAACAUGUUGUACUGUUUCAUCAUGAAAGAUCUAUGUGUAGAUGUAUAAAUUCUGCUAAUGUUGUUUUUAUAUAGCACAACUUUUCACUAAUCAAGAAGCUUGUAUUUAUUAUUUAAAUGUUUAUUACUGAAUAUAUUUUUCUUUCGAUUGUAAUGGUUAUUUUGUUACCCAUGAUGCAUAUAAUAUUUAGAAAAUAACUCAUCAAAGAAUUCAAAUAGAGAAAAAUAUUUAACGUUUGACCGAACAACACAUUAAUUCGCGAAUGCACGUAGCGCAUGCAUUAAUUAUCAGUGUUGUUCGGUCACGAGUUGAUUUUUUUUAUCUAUUUCAAUUCUUUAUUUAGUUAUUCUUUUUAUUACAUUGGCAAAUGGCUUUUUUUAAGAAUUUAAUGUAAAAUAUGUAAGGAACUAUAUCUUUUUUUCUACGCAUUCACAAUUUGUUUUGCCCCGUCGUUGACAACGCCUAUUGUACGACGUCAGAGAGUGAAAUAACCACGUUUAUUUCACGUUAAACUAUCGGUUUUUAUUAAACUGGUAUAUCAAUGCAAUUCAUUGCAACCAAUGUAAUAAGUUCAUACAAUUCUCCGAUAUUGAAUGUAUUUGUUACCCGCAAUAUUAUGUUUAGCCAGCCAAAUUAAAGUCAAGGCAAUUCAUAAGUUAAUAAAAUUGAGAAUGGAAAUGGGGAAUGUGUCAAAGAGUACUAAUGUAUACAUCGACUUUUCAAGGUUUUCGUCGACUUUUCAAGUUUAUCGUAGAAUUUUGAAGGUUCUCACGAAAGAUUCAUAAUCGUUGUUACUUUAUACGGACCUUGUAUAAAUAGUUUUAUACUAAUUGUCUGUGUGAAAAUUUUAGUUUUACAAAAAAAACAUCAAGGUUUAUGUAAAUAUGAAUUAGACAUCUUGUCAUUUAAGUUUUUGAUUUCGCUGAGUGAAAACUUAAAAAUUAGCGGCUCAAUUUCUGUGACUGCAUUACUGUUUAUACAUGACUAACAUAGAAAUACUACAGGAUUUAUCUUAGCAGAUUCUACUUAAAUGCAUAACUUGUCCAAUAGGGUUUACUUGUGUCUUGCGUUCAUUCAAUAUAUUCUAUAUGUCUAUCAAAUCCAUGUGAUCUAUAUCCUUUUUAUAUACUUUUGAUAGAUUAUUUCAAACCAGAAGCAAUACAACUUUAAAUGCUUCGAUAUUUCUAAUAAGUCAGUUGGGUGGAUCCGAGAUUCAGUCUGAUCUGUUAUUUUCUCAGCUUUGUCAACACAUCUAAGUAUUGAACAUAUAUAUGAAGCUAUAUGGACUGUAUUUGCCUCUCGCUUAAAUCUUAACAAUUAUAAAAGUUUCUGUAUUUUCCUUUUCUUUGAAUCCUUGAACUUUUUAUUUUUCUGUUGGAUAAGGGACUUUCAGUUUUUAAUUUUCCUUUGAGUUAGGUAUUUUUGUUGUUUUGUUUUUUUGUUUUGUUUUUUUUUUGUUUGCUUUUUUUGUUGUUUUUGUUGUUUUAACUUUUCAGUAUUUUUAUCAUUAGUGAAUGCAAAAAGUUUGUAGAGCUAUGAAUAGAUAAACCUUCGACUUGCACCAGUUAUCUGUAAAGGUAAAAGGUUAGUUUAUUAUUUUUUUUAAUGCCUGAUCUCUUAAAAGCUACACACAGGGAAUUUGACUAAUUUUGAAAAAAAAAUGAGAUUGUAUUCCAUUGACAUCCUUUGCAAGAUUAUUCUUUAAUACAUUUUUAUUUUUAAUAUUUUUUUCAUCUAUAAAUCAUAAGGCAACACUAACCAAUCAUUUUUUUUUGUAUGGUCGCUCCCAAUCAGUAUUAAACCGAUGGUAAAACAACACAUAACAAGCCAUGCAAUCAUAGUCGUAUGACUUUAUUAGUAGUGUUAGAUUCGUUCCCUAAGUAAACUCUAAGACUGAUAUUAUGCUAUCGUAUUAUUUGAGUUAAGGUUGAGUACUAAGCACCACUUACAUGAAUUGUACGUUAUAGCGUAAGAUGAAAACAAUCUUCUUUUUAUAUCAAUGUCGGAGCACCAUUUAUGUUUAAGCUACGACCUUACUAGUCGAAAACUGGUUAGUUUGAAAACCAAGGGUUUAGUUUAAGUUACUCUGGGAACUGUGUUUAUGAAAAGGUGUAUUCAAUGAAAAAUUAAAAUGACUGAAUUCUUUUUACUUUAUUUUUGUGUGUAUAGUUGUAUAUAUUAUGUAUAGUUUUAUUACAAGAACAUUUUAUUGCAUACCUACCUUUUGAAAUGUUAGAGCAUGGUAUAUUUUGUUUUAUUUUGUUUUAUUUACUGUUGUAGUUUUAAAUUAAAUUUGCUUUCGCUUUUUUAAA